UGUGGCUGGAUGGGUGAGAAUUGAGUUGAGAAGUUCUCUCCAUCCUUCUCGUUGGCUUCCACUAAAAGUUCGAGAGCAAUCAACUUGGGGUAGGACCUAACAACAAUCAAAAGAUGAAAAAGAACAACAAUGGUGAAGUAAAAGCAGAACUCAAGGUUCCAUUACUGGUAAAUUUAGUAGAAGAAAAACAAGAAUUAGCAUCCUUUGUAUCGAAAAACAGUAGUGGUGAUCUAAUUAACAAUGAAGAACAAGAGGAUUUAACAAGAAGAGUAUGGAUUGAAUCAAAGAAAUUAUGGCAUAUAGUAGGUCCAUCCGUUUUUAGUAGAAUAGCUUCUUACACCAUGAAUGUUAUAACUCAAGCUUUUGCUGGUCACUUGGGAAAUCUCGAACUCGCUUCAAUCACUAUUGCUAACACUGUCAUCGUCGGUUUCAGCUUCGGUUUAUUGUUGGGGAUGGCGAGCGCGUUAGAGACGUUAUGUGGACAAGCAUUCGGGGCAAAGAAAUACCAUAUGCUCGGAAUAUACAUGCAACGUUCAUGGAUAGUGCUUUUUCUAUGUGCAGUACUACUACUCCCACUAUUCAUAUUCGCAACUCCGUUGCUAUUAUUCUUAGGACAGCCGCAAGACGUAGCGGAACAAUCUGGACUUGUAGCCAUGUGGUUGAUUCCACUUCAUUUCUCAUUCGCUUUUCAAUUCCCGUUACAGAGAUUUCUUCAGAGUCAGCUAAAGACUGGAGUUAUAGCUUGGGUUGCUUUGGCAGCUCUAGUUGUUCAUAUCUUUGUUAGUUGGUUGUUUGUUAACAAAUUAGGACUUGGUUUGAUUGGUACCGCAGUUACGUUGAAUUUUUCAUGGUGGGUUUUGGUGUUUGGAUUGUUUGGUUAUACUGUUCUUGGAGGUUGUCCUCUUACUUGGACUGGUUUCUCCUUUCAAGCCUUCUCUGGUCUUUGGGAAUUUCUCAAACUUUCAGCUGCUUCUGGUGUCAUGCUAUGCUUGGAGAAUUGGUAUUACAGAAUACUAGUUCUGAUGACUGGAAACUUAAAGAAUGCUGAGAUUGCUUUGGAUGCUCUUUCUGUCUGUAUGAGCAUCAAUGCAUGGGAAAUGAUGGUUCCACUUGCCUUCUUUGCUGCAACAGGAGUAAGGGUGGCAAAUGAGCUCGGGGCAGGAAAUGGAAAGGCAGCAAGGUUUGCGUCGAUAGUAUCAGUAACAACAUCUCUUAUAAUAGGUCUUAUCUUUUGCGUAAUAAUCAUGAUAUUUCGCGAAAACUUGGCAAUCAUCUUCACGUCGAAUGUUGCUGUCCUUGGAGCAGUUGAUAAGCUUGCGCUACUCUUGGCCAUCAUUAUUCUCCUCAACAGCGUUCAACCUGUCCUCUCUGGCGUGGCUAUAGGGUCAGGAUGGCAAGCAUCAGUGGCUUUCAUAAACCUUGGCUGCUACUACGUUGUCGGACUCCCUGUUGGGGCCAUCCUUGGUUGGGUUUUCAACCUUGGUGUUUCUGGUAUAUGGAGUGGGAUGAUAGGUGGUACAGCAGUCCAGACAUUGAUUUUGAUGAUAAUCACCGUUAGAUGUGAUUGGGAUAUGCAGGCCAAAAGAGCAAGUGCACUUGCAGAGAGAUUGGCCGAUCCGUCCCCACAACAGUUAAGGGCAUAAAUCCAGAUUACAAAGCGGGUACCCAAGAAAGAUCAGCAAAAUAAAACGAUAUUGAAACAUUGCACGUUAAUCUAAUUCCUCAGGGAACAUUAAUCCCAUUUGUCUUGGUGCCAAUUUGAUCAAAAUUUAUGGGUUAUCAAAAGUCGGAUUUUUCUUUUUAGCUAUUUCCGCAAUUGCAUGUACAUAUUUCCUUAACCAUGGAGAACACAUAACCAAGAAUUGUUGGAAUACAAAGUGUACUUCCAGCUUCAAGGCUCUUGUGCAAAAUUCUAGUGAAUUCAAAUUCGCGAGUA